AAAGUUGCUUUCGUAGCUGCAGGCCUCUGCCUGCUUUAAACUCAAUUGGCACUUUUCGAUGAUUGAUUGACACUCACCUGUAGUGACGUAAGCAGCAGGGAUUAAUGGGCGCCUGCAAACAGAGGAGGAAGUGAGUGAGUAACAAGUAAUAUGUGACAGAGUGGAGCGGAGGACUACAGCUGCUGCUGAAGCUGCACUUCUCAACGCACCGGACAGCAGCUCUCCUAGAACCGCCGUAGUGACCUGUGAUAUCAUUUAAUAAGAAGGCUGGUGUUUGCAAGGUCACCUCACACAGACUCCUCCAAUGUUGUAGGUGCUGAAGAGCUCAGAAGACCAGCCGAGGUGAAGGUGGGAGGACGCCAUGUCCCACAGCCAGUCAGACAGCUGCAUGGGCGACCAGGCCGCCCCUCUAAUUCUGGAGAGCCACUUCUCCUCAGAACUCCAUAUAUCUGAGUCGGGCGAUGAUUGCUGCCAGUCACAAAGCUCCCCCACACCCCAAUCUGAAAUAUCCACGCCCAAGGAAGAUGUAGUAGACAGUAUGGUGGUGCCUCAGGUGGUUUUGAGCACCCAGAGUCCUGCAGCGCUGAAGGUUGGCACCCACCAGCUCAUCCCUAAGAAUUUAGCCGUGUCCAGCCGGCCCAAAAACCGCCACCACACCACUGUGGUGACGUUCCCAGUGGGACUGGAGAUCUCCAGCAGUGGGACCCGGAGCCGUCACUCAACCCAGGGGCCAGAUGUGUCCUGGGAGGAUUAUGACAGUGAUGGAGACGGCUUUUCUUUGAGGAGGAACGGCAGGAACAAGUCAUACAGAGCGGCUGUGACCAGCCUGGACAUUGAAGCCAUGACGACGGGACGAGUGGCUGCAGCCACACUGAAACCUGUCAGAGAGGAUAGAACACCCAAUCCUGGUCCAGCUCGCAGCCCUGGACGCAAGCGAACCCUGGGGAGAAAGAGGAACCAGAACCAACGCGGGUCCUUCAAAGAUGCUACACCGCGCCUCUACCAGGAGAUCCGUGAGCGAGGGCUGCACUCCACCAACCAGGAUGAGCUGCUGGAUGACUUUGUGGUGGUGGAGCCUCCCGUAUUGGACCAGGGCAUCGUGGUGAAGAGUUACCGGCCUGCACAGCUCACCUGGAGCCAGCUGCCACAGGUGAGGGACACAGGUAUCCUGACAUUGAUCUCACCUCAAGAGAGAAAGAGACAAGAGGCCAUUUUUGAGAUCAUCACAUCAGAGCAUUCGUACCUGCACAGCCUGGACAUCCUGCUGCGUCACUUCAAGAAUAGUGAAGCUCUGAGGAAAACGAUGACGGUCACAGAGCACCAUCACCUCUUCUCCAACAUCUCUGUCAUCCACCAAGUCAGCAAACGGUUUUUUGAGGACCUUGAACAGCGUCACUCUGUCAACCCCGUGAUCCAGGACAUUAGCGAUAUUGUUCAGAACCACGCUACCCAACACUUUGAACCCUAUAUCGUCUACUGCUCCAACGAGACCUUCCAGCAGAGGACGCUGCAGAACCUGCUGAUCAGCAACACUGCGUUCAAAGAGACCCUGAAGCAAAUCGAGGGGAGCAGUGAAUGCGGAGGCCUGCCCAUGAUCUCUUUCCUCAUCCUUCCCAUGCAGCGAGUCACCAGACUGCCACUGCUGCUGGACACAAUCUGCCAGAAAACUCCAGACAAGACAGCGGAAUACUUUGCUGCUGUUUGGGCGCUGCACGCCAUCAGCAAGUUGGUCACUAGCUGCAAUGAUGGAGCUAGGCGGAUGGAGAGGACAGAGCAGAUGUACACCAUCCAGAAACAGAUGGAUUUUGGUAAAAUCAAGCCAUUUCCUCUGGUGUCAUCAUCGCGGUGGCUGAGAAAGCGUGGUGAGCUGGCAGUCUGCACUGAAGAGCUCAGCAUCUGGAGGGCUUUCAGCAACAGGAGCUACUACCUGUUUGUCUUCAAUGACGUACUGAUCGUGACCAAGAAGAAGAGUGAGGAGAGCUUUGUGGUGAUGGACUACGCCACUCUGAAGAAUGUGGAGGUAGAGGUCGGGGAGGAUGCAGAAGGACGGAUGUCUCCGCCUGCCAAGAGCAGCUCCAGCUACUAUCUUUCCUUCAGACUGCUGAUGAGCAAGAACAGUGAUGGGAAAGCGGAACAGAUCUCCCUGGUGGCCGAGUCCAGGGUGGACCGGGCACGUUGGAUAGUUGCUCUUACAGAACACAAGCAGGCAGGUGUCUCCACUCCUACAGCUGAUCUGCCACAGUAUGAGGCCACCAAAGCCUACAUGCCAAAGGAGCCAGAUGAGUUGGGACUGCAACAGGCUGAGCUUGUAAUCGUCCUGCAGAAAGAGGAUGCCUGGUGCUACGGGGAGAGAAUGCGAGAUGGAGAGAGAGGCUGGUUUCCUGCUAGCUGUGCCACAGAGAUCACCAACCCCACUGCAAUGGAGAACAACGUGCAACGUAUGAAGCGCCUGCGCAAAGAGACCAAUGUUUGAGUGUCUCUCGGAUGUACAGAAUAACAGAAACACUUUCCGAUAUAUUGAUGAUGCUAAUAUGUCCAGUCUUUGUUGAGACUGCAUCGCUUGUGAAUCAUACUGAAUGCAGGAACACUAUCAAUUACUGUAAUUACUGAACCAGAAGUCCAUUACCAACAGACUGAAAGACAUUUACCAAGAUAUGAAAAGCCUCAAAACUGGCCAUUAAUGUUGUUCUGGUGCCACAGUGGUCUAAGAUGAAUACAAUGUAUCCAUGCGGUUCCUGGUUUGAAUCCGACUGUCCAAACCAAUUAUUUUAAAACAUGGCCAUCAGGUUAAAUCAACAAAAAAGUGUUGCAAAGCUAUUGGAUAUUAAGGAGUUUUUGGUCCACCUUCUAUAUGUGCAGCCAAUAAAGAAUGGAUAUUUGCAAUAGCAGGAUUUACUGGCCAACAGUGGACAUUUUACUUAACUUAUCAAAUUGAGUUUAAAGCUUAAGCAAAAAAUGAACCUCAGAUACAGCCUAGGAUUUAAUCUAGGAGCUACAAAAUGUAAUUAUAUUAUCUACAUACACUAUAGUAUGAGAAAAUACACAUUAGUGCAUUACCUACACUUUGCUUUCAUGAAUCAUGUGACUUCUCUAACCUCAAGAUAAGGAACUGUUCAAUGUUGGUUACAAGUCUUGUUGUAUCACAUUGUGUUGGUGCCAAUUUAAGAUGUGUAGGGUUUCCUUGUUAUCCUGGUGUAAAAGAAAAUGUGACCACAGAAUUAUCUAAAUUCUAGUAAAAGUUCAUGUUAUUUUAAAUUCAGUUUAUGACAUGCUGUUCCAUUGUUGAAUUUGAUUGAAUAAAUAACACUCACUGCAUCAUACAUGGUUAUAUUUGUCUAGAUAUUAAUGUGAAAUGAAAAACACACUCCAACUUAACUGUAUACUAUGUAACAAAGAAACAUUCCAUGUUUGUGUCAUUGUUUAGAACCUGUAUAAUUGAAAAAUAAAGCCAACACUUGAGACAA